UCUGUCAGAGCUGUAGCUGUGACCAGUGACGGCAGAGAGAGCGCUGUCGUGACCAAGGUUUUCUCGGUUGAACCUGUGGACUCAAAGAACGGGAAAGAGAAUGAGGAGGACUUCCUGCGGAGCGACCAGCUGCGUCCGUCUGACCGAACGUCGUGGUCUGUAGAGAACUCUUCUGGUUCUUCACUGAAGCCUCCAGAGCUGAGGAUGAUGGGUAAUAGAUCUCCUCAAUCAGGUCCUCGUUUCCUGCACAGUCGGCUGGGCUCUCCCAGCACCUCCGCCCAAACUGGAGACCCCCAUCGCUCCCAGUCAGCGGAUUCAGGUGUGUUGAAGCAGCUGAGCAGCACGGAGACGUCCAGAAUCUGCAGAGAGACGGACUUCCUGCGGUGUGCUGGGUGUCUGAGCGUCCGUCCUUCAGAUCCGUUUGCUCGGUUCUGUUCUUACUGUGGAGCUCCGGUGUCUGUGAUAACUGAGCAGAGACUGCCCCCUACUGAAGGAGGACAGAUGGUGUGCUGUGUGUUCUGUAACACUCUGGUUCCUGUGAACACUCAGAGCUGUUUAAUCUGUGAGAACUCCAUCCAUCAACAACUACGACCGCAGUCCAGGCGCACACUAAAGGAUCAUGUUGUGUGUGUUUGCUGUGGAAGUGGUAAUCCCGCUCAUAUCUCCAGCUGUUUGACCUGCGAGAGCCGCCUGCAGACGGCGGUGUGUGUGGGGAACGGCGCCCCCUCUGUCCACCCCGCAGACCGCAGGAUGUUGUCGUGCUCCAGAUGUAAACGUUUAAACUGGAGUGACUCCAGAUACUGUGACUGGUGUGGCUCUAAGCCGGGUCAUGCAGUCAGCUGUGUGAUCUGUUGGCGAUGUGGAGCGAGUGGACAUCCAUACGCUAUCCACUGCACAGCCUGUGGGGUCUUCCUGGAAGCACCAGCCCCGCCCACAUCCGGUGGUGACAUCACACGACAGGUAGGGGCCGCGGGCACCAAACAGCAGGCUACAUCAUCAACUACCCGUGAUGUCACCUGGCAGGCCACGCCCUCGUCUGACCCCGCCAACACCAAGAAGUUAGACACGCCCCGCAGAGACCAGUCCACGCAGACUGUGGGACUCUAUUACCCAUCAGCCACUGAGCUGCAGAGGAAGGAGCAACAGAGGGCGCUUCAGCUCAGCAUGCAGCACGCCACCAAAGAUCGCCAACCGCUGCUGACCGCCAUCAGCCCGGGACGAGGUUUCUGGAGGAAACAGCUGGAUCACGUGUGUGCUCACCUGAGAAGUUAUGCUCAGAACAACGCCCCCUUCAGGGCUCUGCUGGGAGAACCACGCCUGGGCCGGGUGGUCUCGGCUGUGAUUCAGGAGGAUCGAUAUGACGUCGGUCUGACCGUCAGCUUUGUGUCAGCAGGACGGGAAACAGACAAACAGGUGGAUGCAGCAGGGGACGGUGUCAUACCUGCGGGUCGGACUGAGACUCUGAGCAGCGUCACAGAGCGAUCAGCUGACAGCAGCACUCUCAGUGAGACGAAACCGUCCAAACAGAACCUGACACCCAAACCUCCAAUGAAUGACGUGCAGCUGUUGAAGGAGUUGGGUCCAGGUCGAGGUCAGAUCAGCGUAAUCCAGCAGCUCCUGGAUCAGGGGGCGGACCCCUCCUGCUGCGACAGCGACGGCCGACACGCCCUGGCAGUUGCCGUGGUGAACGGUCACCACGAUGCACUUCCUGUUUUAGUGCAGAGAGGAGCGGACGUGGACCAGCAGUCGGGACGGAUGAAGAACACAGCUCUGCAUGAAGCUGCAGGUCGGGGCUCUGAUGGUCUGCCGUGUGCUAAAGUCCUGCUCAGCUGUAAGGCGAGCAUGAGGAGGAGAAACGCCGGCGGUCAGACGGCGUACGACGUGGCGGUGAGCUCCGGCUGUAACCACAUGGUGUCUCUGCUGGCCGCUCAGACCGGACUGGACCUGCUGGGCAAACUGGGAAAACCUAAACUGAACCUGGACGUGUUCUGAACACAGAUCUUCUCUCAACACGAGGAUCUGAAAACAAACGAUUACAUGUCAAUAAAAUCUGUAACUCGCUGAA